CAGGCAGGGGAAAAAACAAGAUAUAGAGGAGAGCUGGUGAAAAAGGAGAGAGCUAUGAAAUAGUGAGGGAGAAGGUAAAAUCACAGCAGCACAGAGGCAAGACCAACACACAGCAGAGGAAGGAUGAGUACAGAGGGGACGGUCGGAUGAUCAGUGAGGCUUCAAGAGAAGGGAAGAAGAUGAGCAGCCAGCAGCACAGGGAACAUCCAUCAGCUCAGGCAGCCAUGCUCUGAGUCCCGGAGCAUCAAGGCUACGCAGAUACUGCACGGGCCUAGAAUCAGGUUCAGCAUCAGGCCACAGACGCAGGGGAAGGGACAAGAGAAGAUUUCCCCCACACCAGCCUCACUUCAGAGCCAUGAGGACCGCCAGGAAAGGCAGCGUGGAGAUGCCUGCAUUUGUACGCCAGUUGGUGAAAGAGACAGAGAAGAGGGUCAGCUCCUUGUUCAAGGGGAGUCGUGGAGGAGCAACAGAUGGAGAGCAGCCAGGAGAAGAGGAGAGGGAGGAGAUGAUGCCCAGCCCCUACCUGGACCGGCCUGUCCUAGAUAAACUGGCAGAGGAAGGCUCUGCCCGCUGGGGCCUCACCUAUGCCCUGGGGAGCAUGCAAGGCUGGAGGGCCAACAUGGAGGACUUCCACAACUGUGUGCCACAGCUGGGAGGAGAGCUCACCGACUGGAGCUUCUUUGCUGUGUUUGAUGGUCAUGCAGGCAGCACAGUGGCAGAGCACUGUUCCCAGCACCUUCUGGGUCACAUCCUGGGCACAGGUGGAAUAGAAGCAGAGGAUGACCCUGAAAAGGUGAGAGGUGCCAUCAUUGAAGGCUUCCUGCAAACAGACAAGCAACUUCACUCUGUGGCACGCCGAGAAGGCUGGGAGAGAGGAGGCACCACAGUGGUGUCCACUCUAAUCUCACCAUAUUACAUCUACUUCGCCAACUGCGGUGACUCAAGGGCCGUGCUGUGUCGGUCCGGCCAGGUUUGCUUCUCCACUGAGGACCACAAACCCUACAGCCCGCUGGAGAAAGAACGUAUUGAGAGCGCAGGAGGAUCAGUGACGUUCCAACGCAUCAAUGGUUCCUUGGCAGUCUCUCGUGCUCUGGGGGACUUCAACUACAAGGGAGCAGAGAACCGAACACCCAGCCAGCAGAUGGUGUCUCCAGAGCCAGAGGUGUGUGUGGUGGCACGCUCACCAGCAGAUGAGUUCCUGGUGCUGGCCUGUGAUGGGGUGUGGGACACCAUCAGCAACGAGGAGCUGUGUGCCUUCAUCCAUAACCGUCUGUGUGUCUGCGCUGACCUGAGGGACGUUUGCACUCAAGUCAUCGACCUCUGUCUCUAUAAGGGAAGCUUGGACAACAUCAGUAUCAUUCUGCUGUGCUUCCCUGGAGCCCCCCAGCUGUCAGCAGAGGCAUUACACCAGGAAGCUGAACUGGAGGACCUGCUGGAGUCCAAAGUGGCAGAAAUUUAUGAUGAGUUGUGUGCUCGAGGAGAGGAACCUGACCUGCUGUCUGUCCUCACAGUCCUCGCUUCCACUGUCAUCCCAGGAUUACCACCAGGUGGAGGCAUACAGAGCAAAAGGAACUGCAUUAUUUCCGCUUACUAUCAACAAAGAGAGACACACAAGCCCACAUCACCAAAUGGUCUGGGAGAAUCCUGAGAAGUUUGCCUCCAGUGAUCCAUGAAGAGACUGUCAUUAAAGUCCAUGUUCAAACAGUUUUCUUCUUUAUGUGCAAUUUGAUGAAACAGGGAGAAGGUGAACAGCGGUCAUGUUUGUUUACGUCAUGCUAACAAUUAGCAUUGUGCCAUCAAAGAUACAAUGCAAAAAUCUAAAGUCUGAUACAUAAACAUAUAUAUUUAUAUAAGGACAUUUUGUAAAACGUUCUCAGUGACACUGACCCAGCAACAAACCUCUGCCUCAUAUUCAGUGAACAGACACUACAGAUGUUUAAGUCAAAUAAAGGCCUGUUAAACUGAAUAAUCAACUGUGAAAUUCACAAUAGGAUAGGAAGUGUGAGUUCAUGUAGUGAUGUAUUUUAAAUAUGAUGUUUUCAUGAAUAGAUAUAAUUAAAUAAUGAUUCAAAGAUAGUUUGCCUGCCUUUCAUAUCCUGGAAGGAAAGUUGUGAAACACUGUCAGUGCUAACCAAUAGCUAAGCCUGUGCUAAUGUGCAAUAUCCAUUUGUUACAAGAGGAGAUGCUAACAGCUAAUGGGAGAGCACAAUUUGCAAAAACAAAAUAUUGUUUUUUGUUCUUUACGGCUGGAAGUGACAGGCAUUUUCUUUUUCUUCUUCUGUAAAUUAAGUGACAACUCAAUCAUGGAAAAAAUACAUCAUCUUUUUUCUAAACGUGUAGAAUAAAAUCCAGUUUGCUAGGGUGUUGUUUGGAAAUGUAUUUUUUUGUUGCAAAUAAAAGUUACCUCUACAGUUUUAUUGUGUAGAAAUUUAAUAAAGUAUCCAAA